CGGGUUCUUUUCCUUCUAUUCUAAACUUCGUUCUCUCUCUCUCUCUCUCUCUCGUUUCUUCCCCGUUUGCCAAACUUUUUUUCCUGUUCCUUGUAACACGGCGUUGCUUCUCAAUUUUGCCAUAGCUUGCCGGCUCUUAAUCUAGCCCCCGUCUGUUAGCGUUGCUUUCGCCCUCGGAUACCCGAACCGUGCCAUAACCGCAUUCAAGAUGCCGUCGGCGGCCAUGUGCAUGAGGACGCUGCGGGCGUACGCCAAGUACGGCCAGAAUGUGAGUGGUCUCCAAACACUGCGACAGGUCUUACUUGGUGCCCUGUUUUUUUUCGCUGUAACUGACCGCGACUCGCAAUGAGUGUAGCAUGCGGCCCUCUUCGCGCGGGCCUUCUCGGCCACAGCCCGCCGCCGCGAGAUCAACAAGAUCUACCCCUCGGCGGCCGAGGCGAUCAAGGACAUGAAGCCCAACUCGACGCUCCUGUGCGGCGGGUUCGGCCUCUGUGGCGUGCCAGACACGCUCAUCGACGAGGUGCUCAAGCGGCCCGAUCUUACCGGUCUCACGGCUGUCUCCAACAAUGCCGGCACAGACAACAGCGGUCUCGGCAAACUGCUGCGGACCAAGCAGAUCAAGAAGAUGAUCGCCUCGUACAUUGGCGAGAACAAGACGUUCGAGAGCAUGUACCUCACGGGCGAGGUCGAGCUGGAGCUGACCCCACAGGGCACGCUGGCCGAGCGCUGCGCCGCGGGCGGCAAGGGCAUCCCGGCCUUCUACACUCCCGCUGCCUUCGGCACCGUCGUCCAGACGGGCGAGCUGCCGCUGCGCAACAAGCCCGACGGCACGCCCGACCAAUUCUCGUACCCCAAGGAUGUCAAGGUAUUCAAUGGCAAGAGCUACCUGCUGGAGCACGCGAUCGAGGGCGACUACGCCUUUGUCAAGGCCUACAAGGCCGACCGCCUCGGUAACUGCCAAUUCCGCCUGGCCGCCAACAACUUCAACGGCGCCAUGGGCCGGAAUGCCAAGAUGACCAUUGUCGAGGCCGAGCACAUCGUCGAGCCCGGCGAGAUCCCGCCCGAGGCGGUCCACCUGCCCGGCAUCUACGUCAAGCGCGUGAUCCAGAGCACGGCCCCGAAGAACAUUGAGAAGUACACAUGGAGCAAGGAUCCCUCCGAGGCUGAGGACCCGAAGGCGGCCGCCGCACUCGGCACGGGCGACACCAAGGCCAAGCGCGAGCGCAUCGUGCGGCGCGCGGCCAAGGAGUUCCAGAACGGCAUGUACGCCAACCUGGGCAUCGGCAUGCCCAUGCUCGCGCCCGGGUUCGUCGGCGACGACGUCGAGGUGAUGCUGCAGAGCGAGAACGGCAUCCUCGGGCUCGGCCCCUACCCGCGCAAGGGCGAGGAGGACGCCGACCUGAUCAACGCGGGCAAGGAGACGGUCACGCUCAAGCCGGGCGCCUCCGUCUUCGGGUCCGAGGAGAGCUUCGGCAUGAUCCGCAGCGGCCGCAUCAACCUGACCAUCCUGGGCGCCAUGCAGGUCAGCGCCAACGGCGACCUGGCCAACUGGAUGCUGCCCGGCAAGGUCAAGGGCUUCGGCGGCGCCAUGGACCUUGUCAGCAACCCCAGCGAGACCAAGGUGGUUGUCACGAUGGAGCACACGGAUAAGAAGGGGAACCCCAAGAUCGUCAAGCAAUGCGCCUUCCCGCUGACGGGCAAGGCAUGCGUGUCGAGGAUCAUCACCGAACUGGGUGUCUUUGAUGUCGACUUUGCAAAAGGGCUCACGCUGGUCGAGAUCGCGGAUGGUGUGACAGUGGAGGAGAUCAAGGCCAAGACGGAGGCGCCUUUCCGGGUGGCCGAUGACUUGAAGCCCAUGCUCUAAAAAGUUUGUCAGAGUACCCAUUGGGGGAGACGUCCAAAUGGAUGGGAUGGAGAGGUUGUGCUGCUCUUAAAACGGACCUGUACAUAUUUAGAUACCUUGGGUAUAGAGGAUUUAGUGAUGGGAAUACGGCAAUGGCGCGUUAGGUAUGCAGUUCAAUUGCCGUCUCCCAAGGCAGUUUAUUCUUGGACAUGUGUGACAAUGUUUAUCACAAAACCGGAUCAGUCGAAAGACAC